UCUGAGUGGUGAAAGAAGGUGCACUUAAAUGUACUCCAGCCUUUACAGUUCUUUUUUUUUUUUCUUGUGUUCUGUUUCUGAUAUUAACUUAUUGACCAUGCUCAGCCAGCAGUACAUUCUGGUGUCAUGUAUGUCUUUGAAAGCACACUAAAUGUGAGAAAGCAGAAGUGACACUCUUCACUGGACGCUCUCAAAUAAUGAGAAAGAAAUUAGUUUAUGUCUUCUCACUCUGAGUUAGAGUAAGUGCAUCGUCUACACACACGUUCUCACGACAUACAUGGCAGCCAUCUACUCUAAUGUGAAUUUUAUAAAUUCUGGGACAAGAAAGCCAAGAGAGGAUGAACCUUUCAGAGCUGUUGCACAAAAUGAGGAGUUGAUCUAUUCCACAGUGAGAUUCUCUACAGAUGUUGGCCCUAGCCACUCUGACCUGCAUAGACCAGAUAAACCUGCUGACCCCUCACCUGAGCCAAAGUCAAAGGCUGUGACAACUGGACAAGCUAAAGAGAGAAUACUGUGGAUUUCUCUCUGUGCUGUCCUUUUUGUUGUGGCCCUCAUCAUUGGAGUGCUCUUCAUCUAUGGCCAUGUUUCACAUAAAGAAACUGUUCAACGGCUCACAGGGAUGGAAAAUUAUCUAAAUAAGACACAGAAGAACUACACAGCAAUCUUGGAAGAGAAGAAAAACUUACAGGAUAACAUUAGUAGGAUGGAAAAUGAUCUAAAUGAGACACAGAAGAACUACACAGCAAUCUUGGAAGAGAAGAAAAACUUACAGGAUAUGAUUAGUAGGAUGAAAAAUGAUCUAAAUAAGACACAGAAGAGCUACACAGCAAUCUUGGAAGAGAAGAAAAUCUUACAGCAUAACAUUAGUAUGAAUGACAAAAUCAUUCAGCAGCUCCAAGCAGAGAAGAAACAGACCUGUGAUCGUCAGUCUCUGUGUGUGGAUCAAUCUUGUUGUACUGGGCACUGGAAGUACUUCAACGGAAAGUGCUACUCCUUUUCUACUGAUGUGAAGACCUGGACUGCCAGUAGAGAUGCUUGUGUGGCUGCAGGAGGAGACUUGGUGAUUAUCAGCAAUGUAGAGGAGGAGAUUUUCAUAAAGAGGUCAAAGCCUGGUGAUGGUGAGCAGCGCUACUGGGUGGGUCUGACUGAUGCUGUGAAGGAGGGAGACUGGCGCUGGUUAGAUGGAACACGACUCAGUCAGACAGCACAAUAUUGGACUGGAAAUGAGCCUGAUAACUGGAAAGGGGUUCAGAGUAAGUAUCCUGAAGGAGAGGACUGUGCUGUGAUGGCUCUAAGUACUAACAGUUAUGUUUUACUGGAUGCAUUCUGUGAUGCAGAGGAGAAAAAAUUCAUGCAUGUCUGUGAGGCAAAAGCACCAAAGUAAACAAAAAACAGAAAGUAUCAGUUAGGACAGUAAAGUGGAGAGGUGGGAAAUCAAAGUUCACAACAGAUUUCAAGUUUUUUUUUCCUUUUUUUUCCUAUUUUUCUUUUAUAUUUAUUGUAUUUUUAUUUUAUUUGUCCA